CUUGGGAUAGUCAUAUCAAUAUACUUAUACACAAAUUAAUACAAAAUGGGUAAAGUUCAUGGUUCCUUAGCUCGUGCUGGUAAAGUUAAAUCUCAAACUCCAAAAGUUGAUAAACAAGAAAAACCAAAAAAACCAAAGGGUAGAGCUUACAAAAGAUUAUUGUACACCAGAAGAUUCAUCAAUGUUACUUUAACCAACGGUAAAAGAAAGAUGAACCCAGGUCCUUCUUCUCAAUAGAUUCAUUAAACUUGUUGUCAUAAGUUUUACUUCUAUAAAAUAACGGAUCGAUGGCUUGAUUUUCUUUUAAUUUUUUCAUGUAUAACAACAUAUCUAAAGAGGAAUAUUAUAUAUAUAUAUCUACAAGUUUCACUUGAUAAUUAAUUUAUAAAAUUGAAAGCUGCUUCAUUUAUAAAUGUUUUUCUUACCGUAUAUUACAAAAAUAAUAUAUAAAUCAUUCAUAGUAUAAAU